GGCAAAUUCGUAUAAAAACAAGAUUUUCGUGUGAAACGAGUCAAAUACAAGCCCAAUUCGUGGAGAAACAAGAGUCAAGUCAAAAUAUCAACGCCAUUAAGUCGGGCGCUCUCGAGAAACAUAACCCCUCGCUUCGCGACAUAAGAAAACCACAAAAUCAACGUCAAGGCUCAAAUUAUCAAAGAAAUUUCAACAAACCCCACACAUCAACUGGCCGCAACUGUGGUGGUAUCUACCCCCAUGCCCGAGAUUGUCCAGCCAAAGGAAAAGAAUGCCAUUCCUGUAAAAAACUGGCCAUUUUGCAAAGGUAUGCCGAUCGACCCCUAAACACAAACCCCACGAACACCGGAACAGAGUCAACAACCUUUCUGAACAACCGAGCACUAGCCCUCAUGAUGUCGACCCUGAUUACAUUUUCACUUUGAAAAACAAUUCGAACAACAAAACCCAACCCCCCAAAUGCCAAGUGUUGGUUAAAGAGCACCUUAUUGAUGUCAUUAUUGAUUCUGGAGCUUCGGUAAACAUCAUCGACGAGUCCACAUACAAGCAGCUCAACCAAAGUAACACCCUACCUCUCAAGCAGCCUGAGUCCAACAUCUUCCCAUACGGUACAAGUGUCCAGAUACCCAUUCUUGGAAUGGUCAUGGUUACCAUUCAGUUCCAGUCCACAACCGUGUUUGGGUGCCAAUUUCUAUGUUGCCAAGGGAACCGGUGGAAAUCUCUUAGGUUGCCAAACAGCCGAACAGUUAGGAAUUUUAAAGAUAAGCAUUAACACAGCAGUUAGAUCUUACAACGCUCGCCUUGAAGAUGAGUUCCCGAAUUUGUUCAGUGGUAUUGAGAAGAUAAAGAACACCCAAGUCCAGUUACAUAUCGACACCUACGUUACACCCAAACAGCAAAAACAUCGUCCUAUUCCAUUCCACAUCCGAAAGGACGUUGAAAAGGAACUCCAGCGUUUAGAAGACCUUGAUAUCAUUGAGCAAGUUGAUGGUCCGACACCAUGGGUCAGCCCAAUCGUUGUGGUGCCCAAGAAAACUGGAGAGAUCCGAUUAUGCGUGGACAUGCGUGAAGCGAAUAAAGCAGUGCAAAGAGAAAAACACCCCAUGCCAACUGUUGACAAGUUAAUUACAGACCUCAAUGGUGCCACAGUGUUUAGCACCCUAGAUCUUGCCUCAGGUUACCACCAACUGGAGUUACAUCCUGAAUCCUGCCAUAUCACAACCUUUACCACUCACGUUGGACUUCGACGUUACAAGCGACUAAUGUUCGGCAUUAACGCAGCCUCGGAGAUAUUUCAGAUGAAAUUGCAAACCUACUGGCUGGAUUACCUGGUUGUAAGAAUAUUUCGGACGACAUCAUCGUCUAUGGUCGAGAUGACAAAGAACAUGAUGAGAACUUACGAGGCGUGUUAAACCGCUUACAAGACAACAAUGCCAAAUUAAACGGUGAGAAAUGUUCCUUCCGUCUGCACCAAGUAGUAUUCUUUGGGCACACAUUCAGCGCAAGUGGAGUUCAGGCAGACCCAAAGAAGAUCGACGUCAUCCGGAAUAUGCAACCUCCAAGAAAUGUCAGCGAAGUCAAGUCCCUUCUCGGAAUGACCCAGUACGUAUCUCGGUUUAUUCCCAACUAUGCCUCCAUCACAACACCCUUGCGUACCCUGACCCACCAGAACGCCAAAUGGCAAUGGCAAGCGGAACAAGAGAAUGCCCUGAAAAAACUUCAACACGAGCUUAUGAAUGAUCCUGUUAUGGCUUACUUCGACCCUUCGAAAACCAACCACCGUCAUUGUUGA